UGGCGCUAUGGCUCUGGUGUAAAAGCCUAAUUUUUUGGUCAAUUUUGGGGUUUCUUCCUGGCAUCAAAAUUGGCUUGAUUGGAAAGCCAGCCUGAAACGCCUCUUUCCUCGGUGCAGGGGUGUUAAAAUCGGUGCCCGCCUUGCGAUACACGAUUAAAUCGAUUCAUAGAGAGUACCUAUUAUACGGGCCCGUGGCCAGGACUUGGACUAUCUCGUCGGCAAAAUGCCUCCUCGAAUGUUCUGCUUCCCGGACGAUCAGGCGAUUCUUAUUAAACACUCCUUCGAGACGUUUGAGGAUGGCCCACUCUUUGGACGCAACAUAGGGACACUCGUAUUGAAGCAAUUCCUCGAUCUCAGAACUGCGGAGCAACUUCAGGCGGGUAUCCUCGACUGGCGGAGCAGCGAGCAAGAUUUAAUUUUGUUCUUGCGUUGGGUCUAUACGGAUGACCUAGCGGCCCCUGACGGUGGCUUACCGUCGAACGUAGAUCUCAUAUCCCUAGCAUCUAUAGCUGGACUUCUCGAGUUGGCGAAGCUUCAUGAUGACAUCCUCGACGCUCUUGACCUCUUACACUGUCGCAAACACUGGGCAGCAUCUGCAUCGGUUAGCUGUUGGGACCAAUGGAAUCGCCCAGUAGCGAAUGAGGAGCCUGCGUUUUGGAAGAAACGCCACGAUUACCUGGUAGCACGAGCAGCUGCAGACCUGACAGUAGAUCACCUCGUGGAGAACAUUAUUCCGGCAAAUCUUACCUACAAGAUGUUGCGCGUUUUGAGGCGUUGUCAGGGCCUGCGCCGUGCGAGUGGGAGACCAUUCCCGUUCCACAUCAUGAAAAUGUUCUACUUGAGUGACCUUCCCGGUGAUACCAGCGACUUUCCGAUCAUCUUGUCAACACCGGAGCCGGACCGGUGCAGGAUCAAUGUCCAAAUAGAGAAACCCCGCCGUUAGCGUUCUCGUUCCUUGCCAAGGCCAGAGGCUAACCUUCCCUGUCUUCAGAUUCAGAACAAACCGGGCAAUUUCCUUUAGCAAUGCUCCCAAUCGAGCUCCGCC